AUGAUAAAGGACUUGAAGAGAGAAAUCAAUGUCAAGCAUAUGGAACUUCAAACGGAGAUGGAUAACCAAAGCGAAAAGCAUGCAAAGCAGAAGACAAAAUUAAGAGAGGUGAACACCGAGGAACUCGAAGAAGAUCCUCUGGGUUUGGACUACGAAUUUGAAGAGUCCCAAAGUCGCGAUGACUCGAUCAAUACGCUUUCCUACUCAACUGACGAUGACAACACAAGGUACCCCGGACAUUAG